AUGGGGACUACUCUAAGUAAAAGAAAAAACAAUUCAGAUAAAAACGUAAAAAAUGAUUCGUCCGAGAAUAAAAGACAAAAGAAAAAUGAGGAGCAUGAUUCGAAUUUGGAGUUCAUAAAAAAAUACAAAAUUAUUAACAAAAUUGGGGAUGGUAACUUCUCAAAGGUGUUUUGUUGUCGAGGAGAAAAUAAAAAAAAAUGUGCAAUGAAGUUAAUGUGCUGCCCUUUGAAGAAAACCUCACACUACAAUUGCUUUAAGAGGGAAUUAUUUAUAAUGAAAACGAUAAAUAACAAACAUCCAUAUAUUGUUAAAAUACUUGAUUAUCACGAAAAAAUUUGGAAGAAAUACUACAUUGUAAAAUUAAUCCUGGAAUACUGUGAAGGAGGAAACCUUUUUGAGUAUAUAAAAAUUAACGGAAGUUGCACGCAUUCAGAAGCUAGGGUUAUUAUUAUUAAAUUAGCAAAAACAAUUCAGUAUAUUAAUUCUUUAAAAAUUAUGCAUAGAGAUAUAAAGCCAGAAAAUAUUUUACUCAGAACUAAAGAUAAUAUUAAAAGUGUUGUAUUGUCUGAUUUUGGAUUGGCCAAAAUAACUCCAUCCAAUCAAGCAGUUGUCAAAAGUCGUUCUGUCUGUGGUAGUGAUUUUUAUCUAGCUCCUGAAAUUAUAAAGAAUAAAGAAUAUGGGAUAAAGAUUGACAUAUGGAGCCUAGGGGUUCUUAUUUUUUUUAUAAUAACAGGAAAAGUUCCCUUUACAGGGAAAAAUGCUAAUGAAUUAUACAACAAUAUCCUCAAGGCCAACAUCCCAGAACUACUGUCAAAGGAAAAAUCCCUGAAUAUCCAACCAGGCUUAAAAAAUUUACUGGAAAAUAUUCUAGUGCAUGACCCUGAAAAAAGAUUUAGCUGUUCUGACAUUUUAAACCAUCGGUGGAUACGAGGAACGCUCACGAGUUGUGAAUUCAAAAUUUUUAAUUCGGCUUCCUAUAUAAAGAAAUUAAGAUUGGAUAAAAAAAGAAGUAACACCCAGGACAAUGAAUUCCAAGAAAAUCAGAUAAAAGACAAAUCCUUUGAAAAAGAAAAAGACUCAUUCGCCAAUAUGAAAAAAAAAUAUACAUUUUUCUUAAAAAAAAUUACAAAUUAG